GCUAGAAAAAAAAGUAAAAAUCGUUCUUUCAUGAAGUUGCGUCACCCACAUGUUCUGUUUGAAGUGAUAUAAAAUCUGAAAAUAAAUUAAAUAGUUGAAGAUAUUGUGUUAAAAAUGUUGUGCGCUACACGAGCGGUUGGCCGCAAGGCCUUGGAGUGCUCCGGCAUCGGAUCGGAAUACUACACACAUAGGAAUUUCUCCACAAUUCUCAAAAGUACCGCGGCCCCAACAGUUCCUAUCUACCAACGACAUGCAGUACAGUACAGAAACAAAUCAGACGGUGUGCGCGGCGCGGUCAUCGGCAUCGAUCUGGGUACCACCAACUCCUGCGUCGCCGUGAUGGAGGGGAAGACACCUAAGGUAGUAGAGAACAGUGAGGGUUCGCGCACCACACCCUCUCACGUGGCGUUCACCAAGGAGGGCGAGCGCCUGGUCGGCAUGCCUGCCAAGCGCCAAGCUGUCACUAACAGCGGGAACACCUUCUACGCCACCAAGAGGCUGAUCGGACGGCGCUUCGACGACCCAGAAGUGCAGAAGGAUAUGAAGAACCUGUCUUAUAAGGUGGUCCGGGCUUCCAAUGGGGACGCUUGGGUGCAAGGCACGGACGGCAAAGUGUACUCUCCGAGCCAGAUCGGCGCCUUCGUCCUGAUGAAGAUGAAGGAGACGGCUGAGGCGUACCUCAACACCUCCGUGAAGAACGCAGUCAUCACAGUCCCGGCUUACUUCAACGACUCUCAGCGGCAGGCUACCAAGGAUGCUGGUCAGAUUUCUGGUCUGAACGUGCUGCGUGUGAUCAACGAGCCGACCGCCGCCGCCCUGGCCUACGGCAUGGACAAGACUGAUGACAAGAUCAUCGCAGUGUACGAUCUGGGCGGAGGCACGUUUGACAUCUCCGUGCUGGAGAUACAGAAGGGUGUGUUCGAGGUGAAGUCCACCAACGGAGACACGCUCCUCGGCGGCGAGGACUUCGACAACGUGAUCGUCAACUUCCUAGUCGACGAGUUCAAGCGAGACCAAGGUAUAGACCUCCGUAAGGACGCCAUGGCGAUGCAGCGCCUCAAGGAGGCCGCUGAGAAGGCCAAGAUCGAGUUGUCGGGCUCCCUCCAGACAGACAUCAACCUGCCGUACCUCACUAUGGACGCCAGCGGCCCUAAGCACAUGAACCUCAAGAUGACCCGCUCCAAACUGGAGUCCCUGGUAGGCGACCUGAUCAAGCGCACGGUGGCGCCAUGCCAGCGUGCUCUCCAAGACGCGGAGGUGCAGCGCUCGGACAUCGGCGAGGUGCUGCUCGUUGGAGGAAUGACCAGGAUGCCAAAGGUGCAGUCAACGGUGCAGGAGAUCUUCGGGCGCGCGCCGUCUCGCGCCGUGAACCCCGACGAGGCGGUGGCCGUGGGCGCGGCCGUGCAGGGCGGCGUGCUGGCCGGGGACGUGACCGACAUCCUGCUGCUGGACGUGACGCCGCUGUCGCUGGGCAUCGAGACCCUCGGCGGGGUGUUCACCAAGCUCAUCACCAGGAACACCACCAUACCCACCAAGAAGAGCCAGGUUUUCUCAACCGCUGCCGACGGUCAGACUCAAGUGGAAAUCAAGGUUCACCAGGGCGAGCGUGAGAUGGCUGCGGACAACAAGAUGCUAGGACAGUUCUCGCUGGUUGGCAUCCCACCAGCGCCUCGUGGAGUACCACAGAUUGAGGUGACGUUCGACAUUGACGCUAACGGCAUCGUGCACGUGUCCGCUCGGGACAAGGGCACCGGCAAGGAGCAACAGAUUGUGAUCCAGUCGUCGGGCGGUCUCUCGAAGGACGAGAUUGAGAACAUGGUGAAGGCGGCGGAGCAGUUCGCGGCCGCGGACAAGCAGCGCCGCGAGCGCGUCGAGGUGUCCAACCAGGCCGAGGGCGUGCUCCACGACACGGAGACCAAGAUGGACGAGUACAAGGACCAGCUGCCCCAGGACGAGUGUGAGAAACUCCGCGGCGACAUCGCCAAGCUGCGCGAGCUGCUCGCGAAGAAGGACACGGCCGACCCCGAGGAGAUCCGCACCGCCACCCACACGCUGCAGCAGGCCAGCCUCAAGCUGUUCGAGCAGGCCUACAAGAAGAUGGCGGCAGAGCGUGAAGGACAGCAGCAGCAGCAGACGACCGACCAGAGCCAAGAGAAGAAAGAGGACAAGAACUAAUCUCCUCACAGAGAGAGAUGGUCACACCAAAUAUUAUGAUGUAUAUAACAAUAUUAUAUAUUCCACGGUUGUACAUAAACCUCUUAGCACGUUCACUGUGUAACUAAAAAUAGAUAUCAACCCCUCACGUGCAAUAUUUCGUUAAACACAUUGGAAUUAUGUACAUAGACACACUAUAGAAAGAAAAAAUGUGGCCCACAUAUGGGCCAUGCGCGUAUGAGUUUAAAAUUUUGUGCCUCAUAUGUGGUUCAUACACAGUGAACGGGUUAAAUGUCUUACGACAAAACACUACAAUAAAUGAUAAUGCUUUAGUUUGUCGUUAUAAUGUUCAGUCGGUAUUGGUGUUGCGUUCAUAAAGCCACGCCACGCGCGUAUACCCUAACGGGGUGGGCAGAGCCUAUAAGAUAACUCACGUUUCGAUAUUCCUCAUAAGAUCGGUAUUUAUGAUAUCAAGUUGUCAUUCUAUCGCCACUUGAAAAGUCACUAUAGUCCUGUGGUACACCGGCUUGCUUCUCAAACGGGGAGUGCCAGUUCGAAUCCCUGUGCUCUGUUUAACUGCAAUGUGGUAAUAGUGUGUAAAGUUUCUUACAAAACUAGCAUAGCAUCACGCCUGUGUCCCCGAAGGGGUAAGCAGAGGUGUAAAGUAUUAUAUUCAAAUUUACAUUAUACGCACACUUCUCGCCAGGUCCCAUGAAAAGGCGAACCUGUUCCCUUUAACCGGGCAUAAGUCGUGAUAAGUCUCAUUUUGAACUGCAUCGUAUUUUCUAAUUCAAUUCAGAUCCACAACUAAACUCUAUAAUGAAACGUUCGUCUUGUAUGACCUGACCGGGAAUCGAACCCGCGCCUUUUUUGUAUUGGAUUAGAAGAGGCUUUUAACCACUUUCAAGGACAGAACGUCUAAUGACGUUCCGAUUCCAAGGUGUCAUACUGUCUAUUAUGAACCAUCGAUGUCCCAUCUAUUAUGAACCAUCGAUGUCCCAUCUAUAGUGAACCAUCGAUGUCCCAUCUAUUGUGAACCAUCGAUGUCCCAUCCAUUAUGAACCAUCGAUGUCCCAUGGUCUCUGCCCGUGAAAGGGUUAAAACAAGUAGCCUUAACAUGUACUGACUUGAAGGUUGUAUCCUAUCUAUAAGGUAAGUGCUACGGCGUCUGAGGGCUAACCGAAGUUUUCUUACUGGCGUAAAUGCUAAUAGAAAGCGCUUUGGCCAUAUGGUAUUCUAACUGCUACAUAAUGAGCGCUUAUCAUUUGUAUAAAAGGUUUAUUAGACAAAGGACUCAUUCGCAAACGUGCAUUAGUAAAUACUAAUGGGCUUUUUCCUAAAAUGCCUUAUUCGUAGAAUACCCUAUUCGUAAACAUACGUAACUUCGUCACGUCCAACUACGCGUUUAAGUGUUCUGAUUCUGACCUGGUCCAAACGAACCCAUUACACUAGCGGCAUUGCCCCGUUGCACAGCCACUGACAGGCGUUGGACCAGGUAAGACGCAGACCUAGGAUCACCCCCUCUGACUUUGAGUCCCUAUUCGUAGAAUACCCUAUUCGUAAAGUGCCCUAUUCGUAAAAUACCCUAUUCCCGAAAUUCCAAACAUUGUUUGAGGGUGUUAGUAUAACCCAUAGUUCAAAUGUAUAAGGAGUUUUAAAAAAGGGUCCUUUUAAGAAUAAGCUAUUAUGAGAAAAGGUCGUUUUAAGAAUAAGUCAUUGUACGAAUAGGUCCUUUUAUUAGGGGUACGGCGUUUUGCGAAUAAGUCCUUUGUGUACUAAACUGUAGAAAACUAUGGGUGAAGUAUCGAAGGUGACGACAUACUAGUAAUAAUAUCUCGCGACUUUUUAUGUAUACUUUACAAUACAAAGCGAAAGUUAUGUUUUAUUACAUUGGCAGCAUUGUGUUCGUUUAGUGAAGUGUUGCCAGAUGGAAAAAAUAAAAUAGUUAUAGAUAAAAACGAAUCCCAAAAGUAGCCCAGUUAGGUUUUUGAACGUGGUUUUUUCGAAAUGUUCUAUUUUCGAACGGGCUUUGGAACGUUCGAAAAUUUUGCAUUUCUUUUUUGUAGCGAACGUUUAUUUUACGAUGAAAAAAAAUGCUUCUUUUUUUAAUUGUUUCAAACCGCAAGUUGUAGAUGAAAUUGUUAAUUAGUGUUAAAGGACUGGUAUCAUAGGCUGUAAAAAGUACAUAUUUGAUUAAAAAAAAAAACAAUAAAAAAUAUAUUGCAUUUAUUAGUAAAAUUGAUAUAGGUGUAAGCUAGGGGUCGACUGAUGAAGAAGAAACUCAAAGUAAAACUGUCAAAAAAAAAUACUUGUUUUUAUAGAAAGGAGGAUAUUAGGAAUGUUAAUUUUACUAAUAUGUUCUUGACAAUUUCACUUAUUUAUUAAAAAAAAAUACAAAUAAAGUACCUCUCGAAAUAAUAUGUAAUACGUCGCAUCCGUAAACUCACGCUUAUAAACCCUUCGGGGUGGGCAGCACCGAAUAUAUUCGAAUGUUUCAUCAAAUAUGUACCUUUUACUAAUUCGUUGUAAUAUAUUUUGAAUAUGCAAAAUCGUUUUGUUUUGUUGUGGAGCGAUUUCUUGAGUACAUUAUUAUCACGCCACACACCUUAGGAGGGUGGACAGUUGUCAAAAUGACCAAGUAUUCUCGAUGGCAGAUCAUUCUUUGGAAUUUGACUUGCUUUUGUAAACACAAUAAAGUUUAGCCGACUUUACAAAAGAAAGAGGGUUAUGUUUCGUAAAAAAUGUAGAUUAAUUUUUAAUUUAUAGAAUACACAUAAAAUUGCACGAAGGAAAUCGCUCAUAUAAAAUGGUAAACAUACUUUUUUGCACAUAUUUCAGUCUCUUUCUGACAUUUUUAAAUUCUGUGUGAGAAAAAGAGAUGGAUAGAUAUUCCGCCUUCGGACGUGCUUCGCCCCUGUUCGAGACAUAGCUUUAAUUUAAUACGAAAUAUGUGCAAAAAAGUAUAUUUCGUACUAGUACAAAAUUCGUACAAAAAUGUACGACUGGUCGAAAAGUUGUACGAGUUUUGUGCGAGUCGAUUCUCGCGAGAUUUGAAAUUGAAUUUCACAUUUUUGUUUGUUUGGUCGAGACAUUCGUAUAGUUAUGUACUAAUAUUUAUUUUUUUUGGAAUAUUUGCAGCAUGUACACUCACUACGUAAGAAGUCUUACGACAAUAAUUGUUUUGUACGCAUUAGUGUUUUUAACAGCAUUUGCUAAAAGUCGCAAUAUGUUUGCACAAACUCGCAAAUUGCGCAAAAGUUUGCAAAUAUUCCCCAAAUUGCACAAAUAUUAGUGCAUAAUGUUUGCGAAUGUGAUUGAAAUUUGGAAUCUUAUUUUUGAAUCGGUCGCCUUCAACUCGCGUACGAAUAUAUACACCUGUCUCGUAUUGCAAAUGACAAGUUCUGACUGUUACGUGAAAUGGGUCGUAUAUAGUGGUAACGCCGAAAGUCCUUUUAAAAUCCAAACUCAACUGUUUUACUAUUGUGUCUGGAAACCUCGGCUUUAUGAGGAUAUAUUUUGGAAAAGUGAGUUGAAGACGAGCUAUUCAAAAUUAAGACCAAAAUUGACCUCGUAUAUAAAGAAAUAGACAACCAUUCUCUGUAAAAAAAACGUCUCCGGCGCAUCUUAUCAGAACGAGCGUAAUGACUACACUGUACAAUGGAUAUUACUCUGUAACAUCUUAAUUCGAGGGAACGAACUUGUAUUAUCUACAUAACGUAUUAACAACACAGUUCGGAGUUUUUUUUUUGAGUAGUUCCCAUUUGUUCUAUAGAACUGCGCGCUUAGCACCGUAAGCACGCGACUCUCUCGCCGCGACGGAGGACAUCUGUCUCUUUCUGUGCAGUACUGUGAGAGAGUGACGGGUGACGUAUGUUGAGCCGAGAAAGAGUCGCGCGCUUACGCUAAGCCCGCUAACGUCACUAGGACAAAAUUGGACAUUUUUUUUCUUAUUAUUUUCCACAGAACUACAUACAAGCGUCUCCAUACUGAUUCACUCAUUAUAAAUUGGGAAUAAAAGUUUCCAAAUAGUUCUAUGUACAGUCAUGCGCAAUAUCGUGUACCCACUUUAGAACCCUGUCGCACUAUUAUAUUUGACAUUUAAUGAGACUUACGGUUUCAUUUGUCAAAAAAGUUAAUGUGACAUGGUUUCAAAGUGUAUACAUAUUAGUACUCGUGACCGUAACAUAAUAUAGGUAGUAAUAGGUAAAUCAUUUCAAGUGGCCAGUUGAUAAUCAAAACACUAAGGAGUCUUGUUAUCUUGUUCUAUAGAACUAUUAUUUGAGAAAGAAAAAAAAUUAAUACGAAGUGGUGUUUUGUGGUUAAUGAUCGCAUUAAGUUAGUCGGAAGACAUUCGCGACAGUGUUAUUAUAUCGGAGUAUUCAAUAAACAAAGUGUAUCUGCCUAUUUUCGCUUCGUGCCAACAAGCCGCUUCAUAACUCGAAAGUUUAUGCGGACUUUUGAGUUAAUUCGUUUAGGGUUCGGAGUAGGAGUCUGCUCCGAGGAUGGGGGCUUGUUUCAUCAAUCAUCGACAUCACCUUUCAUCAUUUCAUUAAUCAUCAAGAAAAUAAAUACGUAAGACAUGGCUGUAUGGGCGUAGUUCCCUUUGCCUUACUCUUUGGGGAAAACCAAAGCAAAAAAAAGUUGUAUGGAAAACAUGAGAUUUUUUUUUUCUAUUUAUCCCUGUGACGUCAGUUCUAUAGAACAAAUGCGUUGGUGAGUCUAUAUCUUUAUAAGAUGUCAGUGUGUGUUCUGUAAUGUGGGGAUGUGUGUAUUCGUUAACCAGUCGCGCCGCGUCUGCCGCUGUGAUGCGACGGACGCGCCGCGCCGCGUGCGUUGUAUGUGAGCAAAUUAGAAUAGUGAAAUAUAUUAUUUCGAGAAUUAA